GUCGAGUGUGACUAAAAGUUAGUGUGCAGUAACAGUUUCGUCAGCGUGGCUUGGCAACUUGUAGUACAGGCCAGGACUGAGGACCUGGAAUAAGCAGAAGUCUCAUUCAUUUCAUGUCAUACGUGUUUACCCUUAAGCUGAUGUGUGUGUGAGGUGAAGGCUGUGGGCGGUGAACUCUGCAUCUGCAGUAGAGCAUGUGGGAUCUGCUGGUUAGAGUGGGUGACAGUUUUGACUACAGUACUGAGCACCUAGUUUGUGUGGUACUUCACCUAUUAACAAUGUCCUCUACUAACGACAGAGAGAAGAAAAAGAAGGUUGCCGCUGCGCCAGGAACCCUUAAGAAGAAAAAGGUUCCUGCCGUGCCAGAAACCCUUAAGAAAAAGCGAAGGAAUUUCGCAGAGCUGAAGGUCAAGCGCCUGAGGAAGAAGUUUGCCCUGAAGACACUGCGAAAGGCAAGGAGGAAGCUCAUCUAUGAGAAGGCAAAGCACUAUCACAAGGAGUACAGACAGAUGUACCGGACUGAGAUUCGCAUGGCUAGGAUGGCGAGGAAAGCUGGCAACUUCUAUGUGCCCGCAGAACCAAAAUUGGCCUUCGUCAUCAGAAUCCGAGGUAUCAAUGGGGUGAGCCCAAAGGUGCGCAAGGUGCUGCAGCUGCUCCGUCUCCGGCAGAUCUUCAAUGGCACCUUUGUGAAGCUCAACAAGGCUUCAGUGAACAUGCUGAGGAUCGUGGAGCCCUACAUUGCAUGGGGGUACCCCAACCUGAAGUCAGUAAACGAGCUCAUCUACAAACGAGGCUAUGGCAAAAUCAAUAAAAAGCGCAUCGCCUUGACAGAUAACGCCUUGAUUGCUCGAUCUCUUGGUAAAUUUGGCAUCAUCUGCAUGGAGGAUCUAAUUCAUGAGAUCUAUACAGUUGGAAAACGCUUUAAGGAAGCAAAUAACUUCCUAUGGCCCUUCAAACUGUCUUCCCCACGAGGUGGAAUGAAGAAAAAGACAACUCACUUUGUAGAAGGUGGAGACGCUGGCAACAGGGAAGACCAGAUAAACAGGCUUAUUAGACGGAUGAACUAAGGUAUUGCCCAUGGUAUUUUUAUAAUCUGGUCGGUUAAUAAACAGUCACAGCUUGGCAAAUUGAAA